AAGUUUCCAGCAUUUGAAUUCCUAUUUCAAACUUCCUUGUGGCAUUGGUGAGAGGGACUACAAUAUCUUCCAACGUGUUCUAAUAGCAAAAUCUGCAGAAGGGUGAAGUACAAGAACUCCAAAGAUCCAGUCAAAAGCUUUGUGAUGGCAGCUGACUUUGGUGCCGGACGUAUCGUGAGUUAUGUUGACUUUCAUUGUGAGAAGAACAACCGAAAGCACAGAACUACCGAGAUCAGUACCAAGCGACUAAUAAUCCGGCGAGGCCAGACUUUCCACAUCACCAUCCAUUUCAAUAAAAAUCAGUAUGAUCCAGAUAAUGACAGAAUUAUACUUGUGGCUCAGACAGGGCCAGAGCCGUCAGAAACUUCUGGAACCAAGAUACUGUUUCCACUGACAGACUCCAUAAAUAAAAGGCGAUGGAGUGCAGUUUCCUCAUCAUUUUCCAGGGGCAAAUUGUCCCUCGAAAUGUCUUCAUCACCGAAUGCAAAAAUUGGUCAUCACAUUUUAAUUCUGCAGAAGCUGUCUUUGAGCCAGACUGAGAACUGUCAUCUUGGGGAGUUUGUGGUGCUUUUCAACCCAUGGUGCCCAGAGGAUGAAGUCUAUCUGAAUGAUGAAGAAAAGCUGAAGGAGUAUGUGCUGAAUGAACAAGGAAUUGUCUUUACUGGUUGCACUGAUUAUAUUCAAGGCGUGCCUUGGAAUUUUGGACAGUUUGAAGAAGAUAUAUUGGAUAUCUGUCUUAAAUUAUUAGACAACAGCCCUAAGCAUCUGAAGAAUCCAGCAAAGGAUUACAUGCGUAGAUUUGAUCCUGUUUAUAUUUGCAGGACUGUGUCCGCCAUGGUGAAUUGUAAUGAUGACAAUGGAAUACUUUUUGGCAAAUGGGAUGAUCCUUAUACCGAUGGAGUCUAUCCAGGGAAAUGGAAUGGAAGUGUUGCCAUUCUUCGUCAGUGGAACAACAAUAAUCAUCAACCAGUUUGCUAUGGACAGUGUUGGGUGUUUGCAGCUGUGGCCUGCACAGUUUUGAGGUGUUUAGGAAUUCCUACCCGUGUGGUUACAAACUUUGAGUCUGCUCAUGACACCAAUGGGAAUUUAACAAUUGAUAAUGAAUACGAUGAUGAAGGGAUGGAUCUGGAAAGAUCAACGGAUAGCAUUUGGAAUUUUCAUGUCUGGAUAGAAUCUUGGAUGGCUCGAUUUGAUUUGAGACGUGGCAAUGAUGGUUGGCAGGUACUCGAUCCAACACCACAAGAGAAAAGUGAAGGAGUGUACUGCUGUGGCCCAGCGCCAGUCAAAGCGAUCAAGGAGGGAGAGAUUGAUAUGCGCUAUGACGUUCCCUUUAUAUUUGCUGAAGUGAAUGCAGAUUGUGUGACUUGGAUGUGUCCUGAAAAAGGAAAAAGGGUAAAGAUUGACUCUGACACCAAACACGUUGGUCAAAAGAUCAGCACCAAGUGUGUUGGCAGUGACGAGCGUGAAGAUAUCACAGACAAUUAUAAGCAUCCAGAAGGCUCUUUUCUGGAAAGAUAUGCCUUUAAAACGGCCGAUAAAAGAAGGCUCCCUCAGAAGCCAAAGAAACAACUUGAAGUGUAUUUGAAGGCUGAUGGUCCAAAUUACAAUGGAGCCAAUGUUAAAGUGUCUGCUAUCAUUUCCAACAAGAAUUCAAUGACAACAAAUUGUACACUCAAAUUUUGUGCAAUGAAAAAGAAAUACAAUAGCCGCUCUAAACGGAAAUUUAUAAAGAAGUAUCAGGAAGAGAUCACCAUCCGUCCUGGUGAAGAUACAACAGUGGAACUGGAACUAACCUAUGCAGAGUAUGGGGAGUCUCUUGACAAGUAUAAUCUGAUCCGGCUGACUGCUCUUAUAAUUGAUGGAAAGACAAAAGAAAGUGCAUUCACCCUAAAGGAUAUCUCCUUGAUCAAUCCUAAUAUAAAAAUCCAGGUAUUGGGAACAACUGUAAUGUCCAAGAAGCUGACUGUCCGAAUCAAUUUUGAGAACCUUCUACCUGUGGAACUGAACAAUGGUGUCUUCACACUAGAGGGAGCAGGUCUGAUCGAUGGUCAGAUGGAAAUCGGGAUUGGGAAGAUAAAUCCAGGAGAAGUGAUUGCAAAGGAUAUCUCAUUUAUUCCCAGCAAAAGGGGGCUGAAGAAAUUAACUGUUGAUUUUGACUGUGAUAAACUGAAGGAUGUAAAAGGAUACCUAAAUAUUGAUGUUCAAGAAUGAGCAAUAUCAUCCAAAAAGCUCCUGCUUCACUUAUUACAUGCAAUAUGAAUUUGUUGAGGCAUACGUUUAGUCACUUAUUACAUGCAAUAUGGAUUUGUUGAGGCAUACUUUUAGAAUGUUAGAUAUUCAUAUUUUUUUUAUAUUGAAAUUCAAGUUGUAUUGCUUUUAGCUGGCACAUUUGAGUUUUCUAUUCAUUGCAAGUUCAUUAUUUGUGUGGAUUGUUGUAGGUUAGAUUGUAUGCAGACACACCUGUCUGCAUAAUAAAUCAUUUAUGCUGGAUUGUAUUUCUUAUUGUGUUCAAAUUGUGCUUACACUAGUAAUGACAAGAUAAUUACCAUUGUGAUAUAAGAGGCACAAAACAUCUGCUGGAAACUGUCCAACAAAUUAAAAUAUUGAGCAUUUAAAAUUUGAAAGUGAUUCCAUUUAUAAUUUAGUUCACUUUAAUUGGCAAUGAAGAGGAACUAAUUGCUCUUGCUUCAUUUAGAUGUGACCCAUUUGUUGGUCAGUUACCGACAGUUGUUUGCAGAGCCUAUGAUGCUUUUGAAAUUGGGGUACGUGCAUCGAUGACUACGUAGGAGUCUGCGCUGAAUAUUUUGUGUUAUUUGCUAACAGCUAUGUGGGGAAUAAAAGUAAAUACAAUAAGUUAGCUGCUGGGUUAACUGGUGUUGUGUGCAGAUUUUGCAAAUAAAUCAUUUUACAAAAGUU